AUGUGCAGCACAAGCACAGCACAGUACAGUAUAAUUCUAAGCAAUUCCGAAUUAAUUUCAUUCGACUCCCAAGAUUUUUUCGCAUCGGAACGACAAGCUCGAUUCUCAUUCGUGGAUAAUGGGGACGCUUUAAAAAUGUUUCCAUUUUCACCUGACGUGGUUCCUAUCAUCACCCAUCAUCAUCCAUCACCACCUAUGCAUGAAUUUGCUGUACUUAUCGACUUAGCACCAUCUUGUUGCUGGCUCGUUGGGUUAGGGCGUUGA